AUGAGCGGGGACUGGGGGUAUGGAGCUGUAUUUAAGAUAUUCGUAUGGGGCUACCUCGUAGGUGGGCUGACCCUUUUGCCCGCUGUACUUGUGGCCGCCUGGUUCUUGGGCACUAGACUCGUCGAACAAGAAAGCAUUACCGACACUACAGAUGCAGGGGCGACUUCACAACAACGUAGGAAGUCGGACGGAUCUACACACGGCAAGGACAACGAUAAUGUACACUUGGGAGUGGGCAUAGACGAGGAGAUACUGGACAAGCUGAAGGGAAGGACCCACGAGCCGGAUGCCUGUGCUGGAUACUUCGCGGUAUGCCGAGAGUACGUGCCAGGAGGCGUCAAUGGCAAACCUCCGGAUCGAACGACACCGGCUGGUGCUGUAGUAGCUGUAGAGAGCCCGAGCGUAUAUCAGUCCAUAUACAGGGGCAUAUUCGACAGGAAUAAGACUACAAGUCCCACAAUAGAAGCAACAAGUGCAAAGAACAAGAAGGCCCGCAAUGUCUUCUAUGUUGUCUUACGUCUCGGACACCUCAUGCUAUACGACAACGAAGACCAGCUCGAAGUACGCCACGUAAUAUCACUCGCGCAUUACAAAGUUGACAUAUAUGGGGGCGGAGAGCGCAUACCGGAGGGCGAGCUUUGGAUAAAGAGAAACUGCAUUCGACUCAUCCAGCAGCUGGACAGCAACAGUACUGCCGACGCGAAAGAUUUCUAUCUGUUCUCCGAUAACUGCUCCGAGAAGGAAGACUUCUACCACGCGAUGUUACACGCCCAAGAAAACCAGAAAGAUCCCACCGACACAGAUCACCCGUCCGUUCCGCUCAAAUUCGAUACACCCGAUCUUGUCAAGCUAGUGCAGCAGCUGCAUGCUUCGGAAGAGAACCUACAUACCCGCUGGAUCAAUGCGCUUAUUGGUAGAGUGUUUCUGGCUAUAUAUAAGACCUCGCAAGUCAAAGACUUUAUUGCGAGCAAGAUCAACAAGAAGAUCGCCCGGGUGCCGAAGCCUGCUAUCAUCAGCAGUGUACAGUUACGCAAGGUCGACAUGGGCACCCUGCCGCCCUUCAUCACGAACCCCAAGCUUAAAGAGCUAACUGUCGAUGGCGAUCUCGUUGUGGAGGCCGAUGUCAGCUACAAGGGAAACUUUCGCAUCGAAAUAUCAGCUACCGUACGAAUCGAUCUGGGCACUCGGUUCAAAACCCGCGAGGUGAUACUCGUGUUGGCCACGGUAUUGAAGAGGCUCGAUGGACAUAUUCUUAUCAGGGUCAAGCCUCCGCCUAGUAACAGACUCUGGAUGACGUUUGAGACACCGCCCAAGAUGGAGUUCUCGCUUGAGCCGAUCGUGAGUUCGCGUCAGAUUACCUAUGGUGUUGUCCUUAGGGCAAUCGAAAACCGCAUACGGGAAGUGGUGAAUGAGACAUUGGUUUUGCCCAACUGGGAUGACAUGCCGUUCACCGACACCAUUGCGCAGGUCAUAAGAGGCGGUGUCUGGGAAGACAGUGCGAAGGAUGAGGAGGAAGACGCCGAUAAGAUCAAACAAGAUGAAGCCGCACUCGAGACUGUAAUCUCAGAGGCUGAGAAACUUGAUGAAAAGACCGAUUCGGCGAGCGCGCACUUCUCCAUCGCUUCGAGUGUUGAUUCAGAAGAGGUCGGCACCGGUGUUUCUUCCUCGACGGAUCACAAGUCCUCAUCGGCUUCAGUGAGACCACGGGCAAUGCGGUCUUCAUCGUCUGUCGCCCAGGUGAAAAUUGACUCAUCGAACGCUUCUGCUGAAAUUUCAAAUGAUCGUAACAUGACACCAACAAGUGUCAAAUCACUUCCAGUCACGUCGCCUAUGAAGUCACCGAUGCGACCUAAAAGUGCACGAAAAACGACGGAUUCAUCAGAGAGCUCCUCGGAGGACACUUCUGCCGCAUCAAUAUACGCAGAAAGCACUAUGUCUGUACCAGUCCUCAAUACCGAGCACUCCCGAACAAGGUCGAAAGAGCUGUCCGCACAGGAAAUUGCUGCAGCAGCCGCAGCCGCAGCAGGAGCCAGUAAUAUGGCGACAAAGAAACAAACCAUCAAUCAAUCUCUCAACUCCGCCACAGCAGCAGCCAGAAACUGGCUCGCAGCCAAGCAAAAUACCAAAUCCAAUACCAACAACAACAGACCACCUACAUCCGAAGGCCCAAGCAUAGAUCACGACUCAUCAUCGUCGUCGUCUUUGGAUCCCCGCCCACAACUCCACUCAAACCCAUCAAUCUCAAAAUCCCACACAGAACCCAUGGGAAGAGGCCAGCCGCUCCCUCCCCCAGGCACACCUCUUCCGCACCCCAAGAACGAGAAAAGACAGACCUGGGCCAUCCCUGCCGCGGCCUCCAAUACCUUUGCUAAUCUCACAAAACGCAAACCCGUUGCCCCUACUACGAACUCGCCUGUCGUUUCCAGCAAAAGAUCAGUCGAAGAUCUCGUUGACAGCUCAAAAACAUCGUUGGGUACAGCUUCCUUGGGUACAGCCUCCCUCUUACCAGCUGCACAUUUCCCAGAUCAAGACGCUAGGACUGGUGGCAAUGCUGGAGAUCACGAUGACGAUGGAGAGGAUGUGUUUCGUGAGAUGCGCAGGAGGAAGAGUAGUGCUGCUAGUAAUGAGUUAGCGACGCCGCCUCCGCCGCUACCCAAACGAAGGCAAAGACAGCCGAGUCUGAAUUUGAGUGCGCAUCAGAGGCGGGCGAGUCAGAACCAGAACGUGCAGCCGUUUGGGAUGGGAGAGGAGCUAUUCGUUGUUGAGGCGCCGGCUGUGGAUGGGGGUGCGGGGAGGGAUGAUGAGGGGAGUAAGGCGUAA